UGCUCUCAGAACACCGGUCGCUGGCGAGUUAGGUGGCUGCGCGGCCUCCUCAUUUCGCGCUCGCGCCGCUAGGCUGGGGGAGUCGUUUUGCAGUGCUCCUGGUGUCGGCUCGGGCGGGACGGGCGGUUCUGCGUACCCCUCUCCAGUGUCAACCUGGGGCUGAAUCUUCCACCUGUCAAAGCCUUCUUAAUUACGCCUGAGAAAAGGAUCCUGAUUGAGUCAAUGCUUUACAUUCUCAGUCUUCUGCAUAAAGCUGAGAGAUGCCUACUGCUGAGAGUGAAGCAAAAGUAAAAACCAAAGUUCGCUUUGAAGAAUUGCUUAAGACCCACAGUGAUCUAGUGCGUGAAAAGAAAAAACUGAAGAAAAAACUUGUCAAGUCUGAAGAAAACAUCUCACCUGACACUAUUAGAAGCAAUCCUCACUAUAUUAAAGAAACUACAAGUGAUGAUCCUGACACUAUUAGAAGCAAUCUUCCCCAUAUUAAAGAAACUACAAGUGAUGAUGUAAGUGCUGCUAACACUAACAACCUGAAGAAAAGCAUGAGAGUCACUAAAAACAAAUUGAGGAACACACAGUCAGCAAAUGAAAAUCCUAAUGGUGAUGCUAGUGUAGAGGAAGACAAACAAGGAAAGCCAAAUAAAAAGGUGAUAAAGAUGGUGCGCCAGUUGGCUACACAAGACAUGAAACCAGAAACUCCUGAGAAGAAGGUUGAUUCUACACACCAGAAAACGCAUACAAAGCCACAGCCAGGCGUCGAUCAUCAGAAAAGUGAGAAGGCAAAUGAGGGAAGAGAAGAGAAUGAUUUAGAAGAGGACGAAGAAUUGAUGCAAGCAUAUCAGUGCCAUGUAACUGAAGAAAUGGCAAAAGAGAUUAAGAAGAAAAUAAGAAAGAAACUGAAAGAACAGUUGACUUACUUUCCCUCAGAUACUUUAUUCCAUGAUGACAAAUCGAGCAGUGAAAAAAGGAAAAAGAAAAAGGAAGUUCCAGUCUUUAAAGCUGAAACAAGUACAUUGACCAUCUCUGGUGACACAGUUGAAGGUGAACAAAAGAAAGAAUCUUCAGUUAGACCAGUUUCUUCAGAUUCUCAUCAAGAUGAUGAAAUAAGCUCAAUGGAACAAAGCACAGAAGACAGCAUGCAAGAUGAUACAAAACCUAAACGAAAAAAAACAAAAAAGAAGACUAAAGCAGUUGCAGAUAAUAACGAAGAUGUUGAUGGUGAUGGUGUUCAUGAAAUAACAAGCCGAGAUAGCCCGGUUUAUCCCAAAUGUUUGCUUGAUGAUGACCUUGUCCUGGGAGUUUACGUUCACCGAUCUGAUAGACUUAAGUCAGAUUUUAUGAUUUCUCACCCAAUGGUAAAAAUUCAUGUGGUUGAUGAGCAUACUGGUCAAUAUGUCAAGAAAGAUGAUAGUGAACGGCCUGUUUCAUCUUACUAUGAAAAAGAGAAUGUGGAUUGUAUUCUUCCUAUUAUGACCCAGCCAUAUGAUUUUAAACAGUUAAAAUCAAGACUUCCAGAGUGGGAAGAACAAAUUGUAUUUAAUGAAAAUUUUCCCUAUUUGCUUCGAGGCUCUGAUGAGAGUCCUAAAGUCAUCCUGUUCUUUGAGAUUCUUGAUUUCUUAAGCAUGGAUGAAAUUAAGAAUAAUUCUGAGGUUCAAAACCAAGAAUGUGGCUUUCGGAAAAUUGCCUGGGCAUUUCUUAAGCUUCUGGGAGCCAAUGGAAAUGCAAACAUCAACUCAAAACUUCGCUUGCAGCUGUAUUACCCACCUACUAAGCCUCGAUCCCAAUUAAAUGUUGUUGAGGCAUUUGAAUGGUGGUCAAAAUGUCCAAGAAAUCGUUACCCAUCAACACUGUACGUAACUGUAAGAGGACUGAAAGUUCCAGACUGUAUAAAGCCAUCUUACCGCUCUAUGAUGGCUCUUCAGGAGGAAAAAGGUAAACCAGUGCAUUGUGAACGUCACCAUGAGUCAAGCUCAGUAGACACAGAACCUGGAUUAGAAGAGUCAAAGGAAGUAAUAAAGUGGAAACGACUCCCUGGGCAGGCUUGCCGUAUCCCAAACAAACACCUCUUCUCACUAAAUGCAGGAGAACGAGGAUGUUUUUGUCUUGAUUUCUCCCACAAUGGAAGAAUAUUAGCAGCAGCUUGUGCCAGCUGGGAUGGAUAUCCAAUUAUUUUAUAUGAAAUUCCUUCUGGACGUUUCAUGAGAGAAUUGUGUGGCCACCUCAAUAUCAUUUAUGAUCUUUCCUGGUCAAAAGAUGAUCGCUACAUCCUUACUUCAUCAUCUGAUGGCACUGCCAGGAUAUGGAAAAAUGAAAUAAAUAAUACAAAUACUUUCAAAGUUUUACCUCAUCCUUCUUUUGUUUACACGGCCAAAUUCCAUCCAGCUGUAAGAGAGCUGGUAGUUACAGGAUGCUAUGAUUCCAUGAUACGGAUAUGGAAAGUUGAGAUGAGAGAGGAUUCUGCCAUAUUGGUCCGACAGUUUGACGUUCACAAAAGUUUUAUCAACUCACUUUGUUUUGAUACUGAAGGUCAUCAUAUGUAUUCAGGAGACUGUACAGGGGUGAUUGUUGUUUGGAAUACCUAUGUCAAGGUUGAUGAUUUGGAACAUUCAGUGCGCCACUGGACUAUAAAUAAGGAAAUUAAAGAAACUGAGUUUAAGGGAAUUCCAAUAAGUUAUUUGGAGAUUCAUCCCAAUGGAAAACGUUUGUUAAUCCAUACCAAAGACAGUACUUUGAGAAUUAUGGAUCUCCGGAUAUUAGUAGCAAGGAAGUUUGUAGGAGCAGCAAAUUAUCGGGAGAAGAUUCAUAGUACUUUGACUCCAUGUGGGACUUUUCUGUUUGCUGGAAGUGAGGAUGGUAUAGUGUAUGUUUGGAACCCAGAAACAGGAGAACAAGUAGCCAUGUAUUCUGACUUGCCAUUCAAGUCACCUGUUCGAGACAUUUCUUAUCAUCCAUUUGAAAAUAUGGUUGCAUUCUGUGCAUUUGGGCAAAAUGAGCCAAUUCUUCUGUAUAUUUAUGAUUUCCAUGUUGCCCAGCAGGAGGCUGAAAUGUUCAAACGCUACAAUGGAACAUUUCCAUUACCUGGAAUACACCAAAGUCAAGAUGCCCUAUGUACCUGUCCAAAACUACCCCAUCAAGGCUCUUUUCAGAUUGAUGAAUUUGUCCACACUGAAAAUUCUUCAACAAAGAUGCAGCUAGUAAAACAGAGGCUUGAAUCUGUCACAGAGGUGAUACGAUCCUGUGCUGCAAAAGUCAACAAAAAUCUCUCAUUUACUUCACCACCAGCAGUCUCCUCACAACAGUCUAAGUUAAAGCAGUCAAACGUGCUGACCACUCAAGAGAUUCUACAUCAGUUUGGUUUCACUCAGACCGGGAUUAUCAGCAUAGAAAGAAAGCCUUGUAACCAUCAGGUAGAUACAGCACCAACGGUAGUGGCUCUUUAUGACUACACAGCGAAUCGAUCAGAUGAACUAACCAUCCAUCGUGGAGACAUUAUCCGAGUGUUUUUCAAAGAUAAUGAAGACUGGUGGUAUGGCAGCAUAGGAAAGGGACAGGAAGGUUAUUUUCCAGCUAAUCAUGUGGCUAGUGAAACACUGUAUCAAGAACUGCCUCCUGAGAUAAAGGAGCGAUCCCCUCCUUUAAGCCCUGAGGAAAAAAUAGAAAAAUCUCCAGCUCCUCAAAAGCAAUCAAUCAAUAAGAACAAGUCCCAGGACUUCAAACUAGGCUCAGAAUCUAUAACACAAAGAGAGCUGAAUGAGAAGGCAGGAGGAAUAUGCAUAGCUAGAGAAGGCCUCUAGAUGAAGGUGCUAUACUAGGCACUGAAAUGCAGUGACGAAUGAUAUGAUACACAACUUGUACAUUGUGGAAGUGCCCAGUGUGGCAAGGAAGACAGACAUAUAAUAGUCAUUUGCUAAAUAUAGAUUUGCUGAGCACCUACAAUGUCACACACAGUGUUCUAGGCACUGAGGAUACAGCAGUAAACAGAUAAAAAUCCCUGCUAUAAGGAGCUAACAUUUUAUUUACUUAUAUGCAAAAUAAGUAAAAUGUCUAAUUAUACCAGAUGUGUGCUACACUGUGGAGAAAAAUAAAGCAUGGGUAGGGGAAAGGAAAGGAGACAUGAAGGUUGCAGUUGUAAAUCAGAGCGUGAGAGAAGGCCUGGGAAAAGUGGAAGGAGGCAGGGAAUUGAGUCAUGUGAGUAUGUAGAAGACAAGUGCAGUGGGCCCUGAAGCAGAAGCAUACCUGUUACCCUCAAAGAAAAGUAAGGAAAUUAGGCUUUUUAGAGUAGAGUAAGCAAGUGGGAGAGAUUGGAUAAAAUCAGAGACAGUAACAAGAUCUUAUAUACUAUUAUAAGACUUCUGGCUUUUACACCAAGUGAAGUAGGAAGCCAUUAAACACAGGAAGUGACUUAACAAUUUAACAGAAUCCUUCUGACAUUUAAGAUAAUAAUAGACAUUAAUGGACAAGGGUUGAAUCAGAAAGACCAGUUAAAAUAAUACUGGAAUUAUCCAGGUGAGACUUGGCAGUGGUGCCUUGGAAAAAAGUGGGAGCAAUGAAGUUAGUGAAAAGAGGUCAGAUUUUGUGUAUGCAUAUAUAUUUCUAACUUAUAAAGAGAUACACUUGAUAUAAAAUAAAUUGUGGCCGGGCGCGGUGGCUCACGCCUGUAAUCUUAGCACUUUGGGAGGCCGAGGCAAACGGAUCAUCUGAGGUAAGGAGUUCGAGACCAGCCUGGCCAACAUGGUGAAACCUCGUCUCUAUUAAAAAUGCAAAAAAAUUAGCCGGACAUGGUGGCAGGCGCCUGUAAUCCCAGCUCCUCAGGAGGCUGAGGCAGGAGAAUCGCUUGAACCUGGGAGGUGGAGAUUGCAGUGAGCCGAGAUCGUGCCACUGCACUCCAGCCUGGGAGACAGAGUGAGACUCCAUCUCAAAAAAAUAAAAUAAUAAAAUAAAAUAAAACGGUUUAAGUUUCGACAUGGGUAAAUACCCAUGAACCAUCAUCACCACAAUUAAGGUAAUGAGCAUACCCAUCUCUCCAAGACUUCUGAUGCUCUUUUGUAAUUUUUGCCCUCCUACAUCUCCCUGAGCCGCAUCCCCUGAUAAUCACUGAUCUACUUUCUCUCACUGUCUAGAGUUUUAAAUACCACAGUUUGUUUAUUCAUGUACCUUUGUUGAUGGACCUUUGAAUCAUUUCCACUUUGCGGCUACUACAAAUAAAGUUAAUGUCAACAUUUAUGUACAAGUUUUUGUGGCUACUACAAAUAAAGCUAAUAUCAACAUUUAUGUACAAGUCUUUGUAUGAACAUAGGGGGUUUUUUGUUUGUUUAACAUCGUAUCACUGAAAGAGGCAUUGAAGAAGGUUAUGCUUUCAUUUUUCUUGGGUGACACCUUGGAGUAGAAUGGCUGGAUUAUAUAGUUGGUUUAUGCUUAACUUUUUAAGAAACUGCCAAAUUGUUUUCCGUACAAUUGUACCUUUUUACAGUCCUACCAACAUGUAUGAGUUCUGCUUUCUCACCAAUAGUUGAUAUGGUCAGUGUUUCUAAUUUAGCCAUUCUAAUACAUGUAGAGAUAUAUCAUUGUGGUUUGAUUUUGCAUAUCCCCAACAACUAAUGAUGUUAAGCAUCCUUUGAUGUGCUUACCUUCCAUGCAUACAUCUUCUUUGGUGAAAUUUCUGUUCAGAUCUUUUGCUCAUUUGUAAUAGGUUAUUUGUUUUAUUAAGUUUUAAGAGUCACUUAUAUAUUCUAAAUAUGUUCUUUAUCAACUGUGAUUUUCAAAUAUUUUUCCUAAUCUGUGUUUUGCCUUUUUAUUCUUUUGGCAGUGACUUUUGAAGAGCAAACUGUUUUUUACUUUGUUGAAGUCCCAUUUAUCAAAUUUUUUCUUUUACCAAAUCAUGCUGUAGUAUAAUAUCUAAGAAACCUCUGCCAACCCAAAGCCACUAAAGUUUUCUCUUAUAUUUUCUUGUAGAAGUUUUAUAAUUUUUUAUUUAAGACUAUGAACUGUUUUCAGUUAGUUUGUAUAUGUAAUAUGUGAUGUGAGUUUUGGAUCAGAGUUUACUUUUUUCUUUUUUUUUUUUUUUUUUUUUUUUUUGCAUUUGGAUAUCCAGUUGUUCCAGCAUCAUUUUUUGAAAAACAACUCUGUCUCAACUGAAUGGCCUUUGCACCUUUGUUGAAAUCAGCUCUUCUUAUAAAUGUGGGUCUGUUUAUGGUCUGUCUUUUUUCUAUUUCUCUUUUGGGUUUUUUUUGGCGGGGGAGGGUUGUUUGUUUGUUUUGAGGCAGAAUCUCCCUUUGUCAUCCAGGCUGGAGUGCAGUGGUGUGAUCUUGGCUCACUGCAACCUCUGCCUCCAGGGUUCAAGCAGUUCUCCUGCCUCAGCCACCUGAGUAGCAUACACCACUACACAAGCUAAUGCUGGGUGUUUUGUUUUGUUUUGUUUUUUUGAGAUGGAGUCUUGCACUGUCGCCCGGGCUGGAGUGCAGUGGCACGAUCUCGGCUCACUGCAAACUCCGCCUCCUGGGUUCAGGUGAUUCUCUCCUGCCUCAGCCUCAUGAGUAGCUGGGAUUACAGGUGCACACCACCACACCCAGCUAAUUUAUUGUAUUUUUAGUAGAGAUGGGGUUUCACUAUGUUAGCCAGGCUGGUCUCAAACUUCUGGCCUCAAGUGAUCCACCAGCCUCAGCCUCCCCAAGUGCUGGGAUUACAGGUGUGAGCCAAGGCACCCAGCCAAUUAUUUUUCUAUUCCUCUAUCUUUAUGCUACUACCACAUUAUUUUAGUUACUGAGUAGUUUUGUAAUCAGGUAGUAUUAGUCCUCCAACUUUGUCCUUUUCAAAGUUGGCUUGGCUAUUUAAUAUUUAGGGUUCUUUCCAUUUCCACAUGAAUUUUAGAAUUAGCUUAUCAAUUUCUAUAGCAUAUUCCAGUUGAUAUUGCAUUUAAUCCAGAUAUUAAUUUGGGGAGAAUUGACAUUUUAACAGUAUUCAAUCAUCUGAGUCAUUAACAUGAUAUAUCUUUGCAUUUAUGUACAACUUGUUUAAUUUCUCUUGGUAAUGUUUUUUAGUUUUCAAUGUAUAGGUCUUGGACAUACAGUGUAUAGGUCUUUGGUUGAUUUAUUCCUACAUAUUUCAUAUGUAAAUGGUAUUGUUUUUAAGUUUCAAUUUACAGGUAUUUGUUGCUAGUUGAUAGAAAUACUACUGAUUAUUGUAUGUCGAUCUUGUUUUAUGCCAACCUACUAAACUCACUUGUUAGUUGUAAUAGCUUUUAGUAGAUUCCAUGAGAUAUUCUAUGUAGACAGACAAGCAUGCAAAUAAAAAACAGUUUUCUUUCUUCACAAUCUGGGUGCCUUUUGUUUCUUUUUUUUUCUUUCUUUUUUUUUUUUGCCCUGUUACACUGGGUAGAACCUUUAAUACAAUGUUGAAUAAAACUAGUUAGAAUAGACAUUCUUGUCACGUUCCUGAUCAUGCGGGAAAUGAAUAGGAGCAUUUGAUCUUUUACCAUGAAGUAUGAUGUUAUUCUAGGUUUUUUAUAAAUGCCCUUUAUUAGGGCAAAAACUCCUAAGAGUUUUUGUCAGGAAUAGAUGUUUGAUUUCUCAAACGUGUUUUUGCAUUGGUUAAGUAAUCUAUGGUUUUUGUUUUUAAAUUUCUUAAUAUGGUGAGUUACAUUGAUAUUGAAAUGUUAAACCAACUUCGCGUUCCUCGGAUAAACCCUACUUAGUGGUGUGUUAUCCUUUUUAUAAAGGAUAACGCUUGUUGAAUUUGAUUUGCUAAAAUUUCCUUUAGAACUUCUUGUAUUUCGUUCAUGAGAAAUAUGGGUCUGUAAUUUUUUUUUUGUAACAUCUUAAGCUGAUUUUGAUAAGAAGAUAAUGCUGGCUUCAUGAAACAAUUUGGGAAGAAUUCCCACCUCUUCAAUUUUCUAGAAUAGUUUGCGUAGAUUUAGUAUUCCUUCUUGUGUAAUUUCUAUUUCUUUAUUCAUAUUCUCUAUUUAAUGAGACAUUGCUCAUAUGUUAGUUCUUCAUACAUGUUUCCUUUAGUUCUUUGAACACAUUUUUAAUUACGGAUUUUAAGUCUUUGUCUAGUAAGGCCAGUGUCUGGGCUUCCUCGGGAACAGUUCUGUUCAUUGCUAGUGGGAAUAAACACUGUUCCGGGCCUCAAGUAAUUUUCCCAGAUGUGUGCACUCAUCAGUUCACUGCUGGAUACUUGAGGGGGACCUUUUGCAGAUCUUCAUCAUCUGUGGCUCAGUAUCUUGAAAAUUGUUGUUUCGUGUAUUUUGUUCAGGUUUGUUGUUGUUGUUGUUGUUGUUGUUGUUUUAAACAAGAGGUAAAUCUGGUUCCUCCUACUCUAUCUGGGCUACAAGCAAAGGUCUAGAUGUUCUAUGUAUUUUCAAGGUAGCUUUUUGAUAGAUUGUGUAUAGAUUGUGAGAGAUAAAAGAAGAAAGAGGAUCACUACAGUCUGAUCUUCCUAGAGUGGGCUUUAGUGGUCAGAGAAAGCCAAAGAUGAAGACAGAAUUAAAGACCAUAUAGACACGACAGGGUAAACAAGAAGAAUAGGGCCUAGAAGUCAGGAGCUAAGGCACAAAAGUAUGGCAGUGCCUGGGAUACUCUCAGACCAGCAAGUAUGCAUGGGGUCUCGUGUGUAUGUUUGUGUGUGUGUGUGUGUGUGUGUAAUUAGCUGCCCAGAUAUUUAAAUAUUUCACCUAAGGCCAGGCGCGGUGGCUCAGGCCUGUAAUCCCAGCACUUUGGGAGGCCGAGGCGGGUGGGUCACAAGGUCAGGAGAUCGAGACCAUCCUGGCUAACACGGUGAAACCCCGUCUCUACUAAAAAAUACAAAAAAUUAGCCGGGCGAGGUGGCAGGCGCCUGUGGUCCCAGCUACUCGGGAGGCUAAGGGAGGAGAAUGGUGUGAACCCGAGAGGUGGAGCUUGCAGUGAGCCGAGAUCGUGCCACUGCACUCCAGCCUUGGUGACAGAGCAAGACUCCAUCUCAAAAAAAAAAAAAAAAAAAAAAAAAUUU